UCGGCUUGUCGAGCUCGCGCUCAUGGCGGCUGCAGGCAGGGCGCGCGCAGUCCCGAAGCGCUUCAGUUUAUGAACGCGAGAAGAAAGGAAAACGUUAAAAAUGCGGCGGGGAUAAACCCAACGGCCCCCGGGUUUGCGUUUUAAAUAAUGUUUGCAGAGGCCAGUCUGUCCAUCUGGGGAUGGGGGGGUCUGGGAGUCGUCCUCUUCCUCAUCACUUUUGGACCCUUUGCCAUCUUUUAUCUGGCCUUCUACAUCCUCUGUUUCAUUGGCGGGGGUUUUGUAGUGCUGCUUUUAUUUGGAAAGAUAAACUCAGAGAAACACCUGGAAAGGUGUGAACACUCCUACCUGCCAUCAACACACACGGCUGUACUGAAGGUUUUGGAGGAGAUGAAAGCAGAGUCCAAACCCAUAAAGAUCGACCGCCGGCUGACGGGAUCCAGUAUCAUAGACGAGCCACUGCAGCAGGUCAUUCAGUUCGCUCUGAGGGACUAUAUCCAGUAUUGGUAUUACACACUAAGUGACGAUGAAACGUUCCUCUUGGAGAUCCGUCAGACGGUCCAGAACGCACUCGUUGAGUUCUCCACCAGGUCUAAAGAGGUGGACUGGCAGCCGUAUUUCACCACCAGACUGGUGGACGACUUUGCGACUCAUCUGCGUGUUUUCAGGAAAGCUCAGGAGAGGCUGAACGAGAGAGAAGAUCCGAAACAACGUGACGCUCCAGACGAGUUGCUGGACUCGUUUUUUGAGGCGGAGGUGGAAAUGGAGAGGAAGAUCUGCAGAGAUGUCGUGUGCACGUCACGCAAGGAUGAAGAAGGUUACCUGCGGGAUCUCUGUGAAGUGCUGCUGUAUCUGUUACUACCUCCUGGAGAUUUCCACAACAAGAAUAUGAGAUACUUCCUCAGGGAAGUCCUGGCCAGAGGAGUUCUGCUGCCCUUAAUUAACCAGCUGAGUGACCCUGAUUACAUCAACCAGUUCAUCAUCUGGAUGAUUCGUGACUCCAGCUGUAACUACGAGGCCUUCUUGAACAUCUUAAAGCUGACAGACAAAGUGGCCGAGCUGGAGGCCGUCAAAGACAAAGUCCUGGAGGAGCUUCAGUACCUCCGCUCUCUGGACACUGGAGCAGACGAUAUCAACUAUAUAAAGAAUCAAAUCAAUAGUUUGCUCUUUGUGAAGAAAAUCUGUGAAACACGGAUACAAAGGCUACAAUCAGGGAAGGAAGUGGACGCAUUGAAACUUGCAGCUAAUUUUGGGAAGCUGUGUGUGAUUCCACUGGAACAUAUAUUAGUGCACAACAUCGCUCUGCAGUUCUUCAUGGACUACAUGCAGCCCAUGGGCGGCCAGGCGAUCCUGUUCUUCUGGCUGACGGUGGAGGGCUAUCGGGUCACGGCCCAGCAGCAGCUGGAGGUCUUACAGAGCAGCCAGAGAGAUGGGAAGAGGCAGAGCAGCCAGACCACCAAAGGCCUGCUGAGAGCCGCCGCGCUCGGCAUCUACGACCAGUACCUGUCCGAGAAGGCCUCUCCCAGGGUGCAGGUGGACGAAGCGUCAGUAACCAGGCUGGCUCAGAAACUCAACAAAGAGGAUCCCACACCAGAGAUAUUUGAUGAAAUCCAGAAAAAGGUGUAUGAUACGAUGUUGCGGGAUGAGAGGUUUUACCCAUCGUUUAAGCAGCACCCGCUGUACGUGAGGAUGCUGGCCGAGCUGGACAUGCUGAAAGAGCCCAGUUACAGAGGGUCGGACGACGGGGACGGAGAGUCGUUUAACGGGUCUCCAACAGGAAGCAUUAACUUAUCAUUAGAUGAUCUCAGCAGCGGCAGCGUGGACGAGUCUGCUCAGCUCCACGCCUUCAUCUCUGAUACGGCUGAUGCGUUUCUAAACCAACUUCCUGUGGCAGGCGUGUGUAACGAUCACGGGAAGACGUACGCUCUCUACACCAUCACCGUCAUACGCAAGAACUCGGACGGCAGCGAGGACAUCUGGAAGACGUACCGCCGCUACAGCGAUUUCCACGACUUCCACAUGCGCAUCACAGAACAGUUUGAGAGCCUCGGUCCGAUUCUCAAGCUUCCUGGCAAGAAGACCUUUAACAACAUGGACAGGGAGUUUUUGGAGAAGAGGAAAAAGGACCUGAACGCUUAUUUGCAGCUGCUGUUGAAUCCUGAGAUGAUGAAGGCCUGUCCCAUGCUGAUCCCCUACGUCUAUGACUUCCUGGAGAACAAAGCCUACAGCAAGGGCAAAGGAGACUUUGCACGCAAGAUGGACACGUUUGAGAACCCUCUCCGGAGCUCCAUGCGGAAUGUGUCCAAUGCCGUGAAGUCACUGCCGGACAGCCUGGCCGAGGGGGUGUCCAAAGUCUCGGCGGACAUGGGCCGCAUGUCUGAGAAACUUGGCCAGGAUAUUAAACAGUCCAUAUUUAAGGUGCCUCCUUUAAUCGCAAAGUCUGACAUCGACCCCGAACACUGCCGCGUCUCGGCUCAGCUGGACGACAAUGUGGAUGAUAAUAUUCCACUGAGGGUGAUGUUGCUGCUGAUGGACGAGGUGUUUGAUCUGAAGGAGAGAAAUCAGUGGCUGCGGAGAAACAUCAAAAACCUUCUCCAGCAGCUCAUCAAAGCCACGUACGGAGACACCAUUAACAGGAAAAUCGUGGAUCACGUCGACUACAUGACGUCGCCUGAGCAAGUGUCUGACUAUGUGAAGAGAUUCAGAGACUCUUACUGGCCAAACGGGAUCCUCGCCGAGACGCCGCCCCGCAGAGACAAAAGCUUACGCAUGAGGACGAGAGUCGCCGCCAAAACCACACUCCUGGGCAUCAUGCCAGAUGAGUUGAAGCACAUCAUCGGGGCGGAGACCACACGCAAGGGCAUCCUGCGCGUCUUCGACAUGUUCCAGCACCAGCCCCUGAACCGCCGGCUGGCCUGCGUCUUUCUGGAGGGCUUCCUGGAGACCCUGUUCCCUCAGUACAAGUUCCCCGAGCUGUUCGUCAAGCUCCACUCGCGUUCUCCUCGAGUGCUCAGAUAUUCACAGAAGUUGCGCGGCUUGCACAAGAGGUGACAGACGGACGCUUCUCCCGCCGACGCUGAGGGGAAGGAGGAGCUCCACGCGCUCCGACACGCGCCUCCCUCGUAGUGCCUCGUGGCUGCUCUCGUUUAAAGCACUGUAUCGACGCGGCCGUAGCGUAGCGGACUCCAUCUCAUCGUCGUGAAGCGCUCGGUCACAUCCGGCGGAAGACUGCGGCGCCCGAGCACCGAGCCAUCGCUCUUUCCGUUUGCCGUGCGUUUCUGAUCUGAUGUUUUGAAUGACACUGUGUAGAUAUAUAUAUAUAUAUACGAUUUGUUUGGUUUAUUUCGGGGGGGGGGGUUUGUUUUGUAUUCGGCAUCGGGCGGCGAAGGAGAUCCGACCGAAGCAACCUAUGCACCUUAACACGUCACAACCGUAUGAGGAGGGUCGGCAUCGAUGAAUCGCGAUCGUUGAAAAAGGCGGAACGCUUUCCUGCCCAACCGAUCGGUUUGCGUGAAGUGGGUGGGGUUUAAACAGGCCACGCCCCUCUGCCUUGCUGACAUGUGAUACUUAAGCUAAUCUAACAUGAUUUAAAGGGAUGCUUAAUGCAAAAAAACGAACAUUUGCUGAAGAUGCGCUCAGCCACAGGCCGUGCAGGAUGUAGAUCUGGAGAAAUGGCAUCGCUUCACUUGCUCAGCAGUAGAUCCUGAAUGGGUGCCGUGAGAAGAGUCCGUAAUAACGCUUCCUCCCAAAUCUUGCCACGUAUUUGUUUAGAGCUCAUGAUUUGCUUUGGAUUGUUUGUGCUUGAUCCUUGCAGAUUUCUCUCUCUCUUUCCACUGCAGGAAGCUUUACAAAGGUUUCCGGACUCUAAAACGAUAGUUUUAUUUCAUAUGAACACGUAGCUGGUUUCUUCUUAAAACGUAACGCGAUCUUUUUUAUCAGCAGUUUGGGCUCUCGGUCUGACGGCACCCAUUCACCGCAGAGCAUGCAUUGCUGAGUAAGUGACGCAACCGUACGUUUCUGUAAAAUCCUUUCUAACAAAAA